CAACCAACUCACUUCUAACUCCACACAUCCACUCUAACUUACACCUCUACACACAACGACAACAAACUUCAAUAACAAUGGCUCGCACUAAACAGACCGCUCGCAAGUCCACUGGAGGAAAGGCUCCUCGCAAGCAAUUCUCCCAUAAGGUUGCUCGCAAGUCUGCCCCCUCUACUGGUGGUGUCAAGAAGCCUCAUAGGUAUAAGCCUGGUACCGUCGCUCUUCGUGAGAUUCGUCGCUACCAGAAGUCCACCGAGCUUUUGAUUCGCAAGCUUCCCUUCCAGAGGUUGGUUCGUGAGAUCGCCCAGGACUUCAAGUCCGAUCUUCGUUUCCAGUCCUCUGCCAUCGGUGCUCUUCAGGAGUCCGUCGAGGCUUACUUGGUCUCCCUCUUCGAGGACACCAACCUUUGUGCUAUUCAUGCCAAGCGUGUUACCAUUCAGUCCAAGGACAUCCAGCUUGCUCGCCGUCUCCGUGGCGAGCGCUCUUAAACUUUCCCUUACCUCGUCUACAAUAAUGCUUCGUCUCAAUAAUUUGUUUCAUCUUUAAUUCUCUUGGUUUUCGAUGGAACUAGUCUGCGAGAUGGGGUUUUCUUUUCAAUGAUAUCUGGUUUGGGGCUGGUUUGGUGUCACUUUUAAAUGAAAAUGAAAUGGUUUGAUAGUCACUGG